AUGGGCGUGCCGGGACUGUGGGACCUCCUCCGCCCCGCAGCCGUCCGCACCAGUUUGAAUGCCCUCAGCCGCGAUGCCUUCCUCUCCAACGCCAACGGCCUACGAGCUUUGACCAUCGGCAUCGAUGCUUCUAUCUGGAUCUUCCAUGCACGGACAAACCAUCACGGCGCAAAUGCUUACCUCCGCACACUCUUCUUCAAGAUUGCGGCGCUGUUACAGCACCCCGUCCUGCCGGUGUUUGUGUUCGACGGACCGAAGAAACCUGCGAUGAAGCGAGGUCAGCGGGUCACGCGCAACUUCGGUGUCAACGACGGCUACUCCCGACAAUUCAAAGAUCUGCUCGAUGUCUGCGGCCUCGAGUGGUGGAAUGCUCCCGGCGAAGCUGAGGCUGAGCUCGCGAUCAUGAACCGCCAAGGCAAGAUCGAUGCCGUUCUAUCCGACGACGUCGACGCACUUCUGUUCGGCGCCAAAUGCUUGUUGCGCAAUAACUCGCCCACUUUGUCUGGGGCUCAGGCUCCUGUUACUCAGAGUUCCUCCUCUCGGACCGACAUGCGGCACUACGAAAUGUAUCGCCUUUCCGACAUCGUCGCGGAGUGGACCCGCGUGCCUUCGGCCCUGCAGAACGAAGACGACUGUCGACGGGCGAUGGUCCUUAUCGCUUUGCUUUCAGGCGGUGACUACGUCCCAGAAGGAGUCGGGCGUGUGGGCCCCAAGGUCUCCUUCGCCUUAGCCAAGGCUGGUUACGCCGAUUUCUUGAAGCUUUACGCCAAGGAGCGACCACAGUUCGACCGAAAGGUCGCGCAGGUCCACGAAGAAAUGCUUGAAGAGCUUGCAACCAACCGCUCGGGUCAUAUUGGACGGAGGAUGAGGAAGCUUGCUGAGGAUCUUGCCGGCGUCAACCUCAUCGACCUGUUUCCGCUCGAGUGCUACCUGAACCCGGCCACCAGCCCUCUGGACGACCCAGAACAAGGUUGGCCUGGGUUUGGCAAGGGCGAUAAAUCGUCAGCUCGAGGGAAGGCCCGAAGCGCUGGCCGUGGCGACCUUGAAGGUAUGGCGCGCGCAUGCGAGCGCUACUUUGAGUGGGGCACCCGAGAUAUUGUUUGCAAGAAGUUUGCCGGCGACUCGGUGAACCUCUUUGGCGCCGAAAUCGUGGCUGAGGCGAGAAGUAUAGCCAGAUCAUCGACGCCUGUAGCUCCAGCUCGCUCCACCUGCCGACCCGGACAGUCUCCGGAACGCAUCACUUCAUAUUUCUCCCAGAGCACAAUCGCUACCUCGCAGAGGCAGAAGGGCGCUCCCGCGUCCAGCGCUCGUCACUUGGUGAAGAUUCACUCGACGCGUCCGUCACCUAUGUGCUCAGGACUUACCGAGUACCGACUCGAGUAUCAGCCCCAGUGCUAUAUGGAUCGCUGCCGCGCAGCGAUGGACGGAAGCCGUGCCGAUCCCUCCACGCUUUCGCCGGAGGAGCGCGUUUCGCUGGGAAUGGUCGAGGAGGCCGCCGCACCAAUUAACACGUCCGUCAAGGACGAAGUGCGCAUCUGGUUUGCUGGUUAUCUCAUUCGUGCGGCAUGGCCGCAUCUUAUCGAAGACUACGAGGAGGCAGAGGCGGCCAAGGCCGCGAGAAAGGCCGCGCCGAAGAAGACGAAGGCAGUGGCUCGCAACGGGCGGAAAACAGCGACCACGUCGACAGGUGAUGCGAACGCCUCCAUCCUCCCCAGCAUCGAGCGCGCUGAGCGCGGCCCCAUCCUCUCCCCUCACCCUCCUACCAUCGUCGCCGCUCCCUGUCGCUCUGACUCUAUCAUCACCACCGGUGUCGCCGAGCAAGCGUGGGCGCUCUGCGCGCUCGCGACUGCCGUUGUCUCCGGGCUCUUCCUCGCGAGACUCCAGUCCCUGUCCCUCUCCAACAUUGACAACGUUGACUCCUCGGCGCUUGGCUCGGAAGAAACGGAACGCUCCGCCUCAGCCAUCGCGUCCAACGCAGGGCUCAGCAGCAGACCCAAUCUGCCUAUUGUCGGUCUUCUUGACUCGAUGAUUGUCGCGCGGGCGCGCAAGAGCCAGCCUGUAAAUAAAGCCGCUGUCAUUCCGGAAUCCCGGGCUCCCAAGGCCCCCUACUUUGUCCUCUACGAGGACGACGAUGGCUUCGAGCACAUCGACCUCACGCAAGUCCGUCCCAAAUAA